AUGUCUCACUCUAUAAUCGAAGAUUUCAUAAUACCACACAUAUUGACUAUGACCACGUUGCCAUUCAAUGGAACCUCAGUCGCUCAUAAAGCUUCCGGUAACAAGACCGGACGCUUUCCAAAAGAUAAACGUAUCGUUGACGAACCUGGUUCUAAUAAAGGUAUUAGUGGGGAUUUGUCAACACACUAA